ACAAGAUCAAAACCUCCCUGCGUUCAGGAUGGAAUGUCCUGCCGACGCAGACCGCGUCUUUGGACCUGCCAUCCAGGGUUGCCGUUCUGAUUUCGACUUUACGCUUCUCUUUCAGGAUUCGGUCCUAGGCAUCCUGCCAUCUUCGGUACUGAUCAUCUUGGCAGCAGCCAGACUUGUAUUUUUGGCUCGCCGACACGCCGUUGCAAGCCUCAACUGGCUGUACCAUUCCAAGAUUGGCUUCAACAUUCUGUCAUUUGCACUGCAACUCACCAUCUUGGUCCAAAGAUGCCGCAUCCAAGACCUGGAAACCAGCGCGGCCAUCCCUUGGGCGACUCUCGGACUGGCCGCGACGUGUGCUCUAUUUCUCCUCUCUGCAGUGGAGCACAGGAGAUCAGCUCGGCCAUCGUCCCUCAUCGUUGCCUAUUUGUUCAUCUUUGUCUUGACGGAAGCCACCCGCGCAAGGACGUAUUAUCUCAAGAGGCAAACGGUGGCCGCUUCCAUCACAGCUGCCAACUGCUGUGUAAAGUUUGUGCUCUUGAUCCUGGAAGAGCAAAAGAAGACCCUCCGCUCCGGCUCAGAUGGCUCCCGCAAAAAAGCAGCAUCAGAGGACCUGGCGGGACCGACCAACCAGACCUUCUUCCUCUGGCUGAACAGGCUAUUUUUGACUGGAUACAGGCGCGCUUUCACCACCACGGAUCUUGAACUGAUCAGCAGCCCUUUGUAUGUCAAAAGCAUCCGUGCUCAGUUCCAUGGAAUGACCAACGGCCAAACCGCCAACGGACACUCCCUUUUUUCCUCUUCCACCAAUACCUUCGCCCUGCUGGCCUUCACAUCCCUAGGAUCUUAUGCGCUCGCUCCAGUGAUCCCACGACUGGCGGUGACCGGCUUCACUUUUUCACAGUCGUUCCUCGUCACUGCCCUGCUGGACUAUUUGGAGAAUGGACGAGAUAGGCCGGCCAGCCACGGCUACGGGCUUCUAGGCGCCUACGCUUUUGUUUACAUUGGCAUAGCUGUCUCAAACAGCUGGUACUCGCGCCAUACCUAUAAAUCAGUGUCGAUUAUUCGUGGAGGCUUGAUCGUGUCCAUCUUCGAAAAGGUGCUGCGACUAGGCGAGGAUAGUAGCAUUGAAGCCAAGGCAACCACACUCAUGAUUUCGGACGUUCAGCGUAUUGUUGGUGGUCUCGUCUACAUUCACGAGGUUUGGGCAGGCGUGCUGGAAACCGCCUUGGCAACGUACCUCCUACAACGAGUAAUGGGGGUCUCUUCCGUGGCUAUGCUGGGUCUUGCCCUCUCUUGCGGCGUAGGCGCAUAUUUUGUCGCCGGCAACAUGAGCCUCCAGCAGGGAAAAUGGUUGAAGGCGAUGGAGCAGCGCAUCGAUGCCACAAAACGGCUAUGCGACUCCCUAAAAGCUGUCAAAAUGCGCGGGGCGGAAACAAGAGUCAGCCGAGUGGUGAACGAGCUGAGGCGACUAGAGAUACAAGCAGCACGCCCAUUCCGUGCCCUGAUAACCGCGUCCGUCAUCUUGUCGUAUAGCACCAUGACACUCUCACCAUUGCUCGUCUUUGCAGCUUACAUUGGCGUCAACGGCAACGAUGACAAUCUCGACUCGGCCACAAUGUUCUCUUCUCUUGUCCUCAUCGCACUUCUUGGCUCUCCGUUGGUUCAUUUGUUCCAAGCUAUGCCGGCUCUCGGUUCCGCUCACGGUUGCUUCGAGCGUAUUCUCGCCUUUCUCAAGACCCCAGAGAAGCCUCUUACCAUUAAAAACGAGCCAGAAACAAUGCCUGAAAGUAAUAGAGGCACCAAAGAUGCAUCUAUCCAGCGCUCAGAGGCCAAUGAGACUGCGUUAUCCAUCCGCCAUGCUUCGAUCGGUUGGUCUCCCGACGAGCCUGUGCUCAAAGACAUUAAUCUGCAAAUCCAAAAAGGUUCCUUUGUUGCUCUUGUCGGCAAGACCGGGUCAGGCAAGUCACUCUUGCUAAAGUCGGCCAUCGGAGAGGGCGGCCACGUAUCGGGCUCCAUUGACAUUUCCCUGGACAAGGUUGCGUACUGCAGCCAAUCGCCCUGGCUGGAGAACAUAUCGGCAGAGCAUACGUGGACCCAGUUUGGAGAGUCAGGAGACGCAAAAUGGCUUGCAGGUGUCAUCGACGCCUGUUGCUUGGACGACCUGACUGGCUUACCCGACUACAGAACAGGUCGGAUUGGUAGCGGCGGCGCUCGCCUUAGCGGAGGUCAAAAGCAACGUUUGGCGCUUGCGAGAGCAAUAGCUACUCGUAAGGACAUUGUUCUAUUGGACGAUGUGUUUAGUGCAUUGGAUCGUACUACGAAACAUCAUAUAGCCACACGGCUUCUCGGGCCCGAGGGGCUUUUGCGAAGGCUGGGAACGACAGUAUUAUUUGCAACUCACGACUCAUCUAUAGCAAAUCUAGCCGACCAAGUGUACGAGAUCACCGUCGACGGGAUCCUCACGCCGGUCCUCGUGCAGAAGCCGGCCGAUGAUGAAGGGACGAAACAUGAAGACUCUGACGCAAAAUACACAGUCACGGACGCAAGCAACGAUGAGAAGACGUCGACGGCACCAGAUCAUGGUACUAAUACCGUUAUGACGCACAAGGUCGAAAAUGGAGGCGAGGCCACGGGGACUUCUGUCUCGGAUAAAAAAGUCUACUUGAGAUAUGCACGUGCUAUGGGCUUCAAAAAUGCUGCAACUUUCUUGUUCUUGGUUAUGGGAUGCGCGGUAUGCUUCAAAAUACCAGAUCUCUGGGUCCAAUGGUGGUCCACCGCAAUUAAACAAGGCACCACGUACAGCAGCAGCUACUGGAUAGGAAUCCUCGCGCUGCUAGAGGUGCUCCCGCUUCUGAUGCUGUGGCUCUCGCUCUUUCAUGUAUUGUUCUUCAUAGUGCCCAGGUCGGCUUCUACCAUGCACGACAGCCUUCUUCGGACAGUCCUCCUGGCGCCAUUUGGAUUCAUCAGCCGCGUCGACACGGGCAGCCUCAUGAACCGCUUCAACCAGGAUCUGAUGUUUGUGGACACUCGCCUCCCCAUUGAUCUCUUCAACACCUCGAUCGACUUCUUCAUAACCAUUAUCCAGUUGAUACUGGUAGUCUUGGUCUCCAAAGAAGCGCUCGCCAUACUUCCCGUCGUAUUCGGCGCCCUGUAUCUCAUCCAGAAGGUCUACCUUCGAUCGUCCAAGCAGCUGCGUCUGUUGGACCUCGACUGGAAGGCAGAUCUGCACACCGCAUUUGGCGAGACCACGGCUGGACUCUCCGUCAUCCGCGCCAACGGCUGGCUGGACCCCAUGCGAGCAAAGUUCGCCGAGAAGCUGGAUCGCUCGCAGGAGCCGUUUUACCUGCUCUACAUGGUGCAGAGGUGGCUCCAGCUUGUACUGAACCUCGUGGUGGCGGGGCUGGCCAUUGCCAUCGCCGGCGUCGCCAUCGGGUUGCGAGAUAAAGUCGCCGCCGGCGCUGUGGGCGUCGCGCUCCUAAACACCACCACCCUCGGCGAGACGCUGACCAACUUUAUCAUGUCCUGGACCUCACUCGAGACCUCGCUCGGAGCCAUCGCCCGCGUCUGCACAUUCGAGCAGGACACCCCGCGAGAACGUGAGGAGCCGUCGACUACAGAUCUGCCAGACAAUCGGCCCGGCGCCGGCCAGAUCAGUUUCGAGAACGUCUGGGCCACCUAUGAAGAUGAGGGAUGCGGCAGCAACUGGGGGCUCAGCGGCAUCACCCUUGCCGUGCAGCCAGGCGAGCGGGUUGCCGUGUGCGGACGUACCGGCUCGGGCAAGUCGACGCUGCUGCUCGCUCUGCUGGGAAUGCUCCACACGCCUGCUGGGAGCAUCCGCAUAGAUGGCGUCGACACGUCCACCCUGCCGAUUGACGUCCUGCGUCGUCGAUUCACGGUCGUUUCCCAGGACAGCUUCUUCGAGCCGACGUCGACGUUCCGCCAAGAGCUCGACCCGAGCGGUGACAUGUCGGAUCAGAUCAUCGAGGAGGUGCUCCGGGAAUGCCGCGCAUGGGAGAUUGUCGACGGCUCGGGCGGUCUGGGGGGUAAGCGGGCGGACGCAAACCUCUCGGCGGGCGAGGUCCAGCUCUUGGCCAUUGCGAGACUCGUGCUGCAGUGGCAAAGCCAGCCGGCAGGGUCGGGCGGCAUCAUCCUCCUCGAUGAGGCGACCAGCAACCUGGAUCGGCAGACCGAAGUCCUUGUGGAAUCGAUCAUGGCCGCGAGGCUGCAGCACGCGACUGUCGUCUCCGUCAUGCAUCGACUGGAAGCGGUGGCUGCGUACGACAAGGUUGCCGUUUUGGACAAGGGCGUCCUGGUGGACUUUGGGCCCGUUACGGAUGUCAUGGCCAGAUGCGAACUUUUUACCGGAUGAGCAGCAGGCAUUAGCAUCGCUUUGAUAGCUGCGCCUGUCGUUGCAGCGCUAGAGAAAUAUCAUACCCUUCCUGGGAUGGUCCCUCGAACAUGCCCUGUACAAUCAUCCCGACAGACCGGUUCGGCCCUAUUCUAGCCCCGCACCAAUAUAUACUACGUAUAGUACAUUUG